CUCUCUCACACACAUACACAAACAGUAAAACCCAUCCUAUCCUUCACCAACUUCAUUCCCUCUCCUCUCUUCCUCUAAAGUGGUUGAGGUGAAUCAACUUCACUCACUAACUCUUGCCCACCACCUCAGACAAUACUCUCUCCCCCCCCCCUCUUCAAUUCUUUCCUGUUCAUUUUCCAAUUUCCAGCUCUCUAUCAAGAGCCCCAAAAAAAUCCCAGCUCAAACUUGUGCUAAAAAUAAUAUCUUGCUACAUUUACGCUCCCAGAUCUUAGAAUUCACCAAUUCAUGGUGUGAAUUGUUGGCUAAAACGCAGUUGCAAAUGCUGCUGCUUCAGCCAGGCUUAUUAUGUGAGCUCCACUUCACUCUCAGCCCCCAUUUGAAGUUUGGAACAAAAAGAUCAGAUUUUUACACCCAAGUCCAGUAUUCUUGAAAAAAAACAGGCACCCCUCUUCAACAUUCUUGGCUGGAGAAUUUAGAAUUUUCUGGGCUCUUCGGCAUGCUUCGAGGUAGAAAACUUCGUUGCUCGGACUGUUUGAAUGUUUGGGAGAAUUUUCUAAUGAAGGGCUGCUCAUUCCAUGUAAUGCUAUGUCAUCUCUUGAUCUUUGUGGCUCUUUUUCCCCCAGCGUGGGGAGACUUGAGCUCAGACAGUCAAGCCCUUUUGGCAUUCUCUACAGCCGUACCUCAUGGCCGGAAACUCAACUGGAAUGCUGGUUCUCCUAUCUGCUCGUCGUGGACAGGAGUCAAUUGCAGCGCAGAUGGAAAUAGUGUGGUUGGUCUACGCCUUCCAGGCAUUGGACUUACUGGUCCAAUUCCCUCAGACACUAUCGGGAAGCUCGAUGGCUUGCUGGUUCUAAGCUUCCGUUCCAAUCGCCUUAGUGGUAGCCUUCCUCCUGAUAUCCUUUCGCUCCCUUCUCUCCGCUAUAUCUUCCUCCAAAACAACAACUUCUCUGGCGAAAUCCCAUCUUUGCUCCCUCCCCGGCUCGCAGUUUUGGAUCUUUCGUUCAAUUCAUUGACUGGAAGCAUUCCACUAACGUUUCAGAACCUGACACAUCUUACAGCAUUGAGCCUCCAAAACAAUUCACUCUCGGGGCUUAUUCCCGAUCUUGACCUCCCACAUCUCAAGCGUCUCAACCUAAGCUACAACCGACUCAAUGGUAGCAUUCCUUCUUCUUUAAAUAACUUUCCUAAUUCUUCAUUCAUUGGAAACACUCUAUGUGGACUGCCUCUCAAUCCUUGCUCCCCUAUUUCUCCACCUUCUCCUGGCCCCACUGCUCCAUCUCCGCCUACGGGGAGACAAGCCCCCACGAAGAAACUCUCGUUGGGAGCUAUAAUUGCUAUUGCAGUUGGAGGUGCAGUGCUGCUAUUUCUCGUGGCUCUCAUUUCAUUCCUCUGCUGCUGCAAGAGGAAGCAGAGCGAAGAAGGCGUGGCCCCCAAGAUCAAGUCUUCGGGUGUCGGGAGACCAGAGAAACCGAGUGAAGAGUUUGGCAGUGGGGUGCAAGAACCCGAGAAAAACAAACUAGUUUUCUUUGAAGGGUGCUCGUAUAACUUUGAUCUCGAGGAUUUGUUGAGGGCCUCGGCCGAAGUACUAGGGAAGGGUAGCUUUGGGACUGCAUACAAGGCAGUGCUGGAGGAGUCGACUACCGUUGUUGUGAAGAGACUCAAAGAAGUCAUCGUCGGGAAGAAAGACUUCGAACAGCAAAUGGAAGUAGUUGGGAGAGUCGGACAGCACCCAAAUAUCGUCCCUUUACGUGCUUACUAUUACUCCAAGGAUGAAAAGCUCUUGGUCUAUGAUUACUAUCCCAAUGGUAGCUUGGCAAGUCUAUUGCAUGGAAAUGUGGCUUCUGGGAGAGCUCCACUGGAUUGGGAUUCACGAGUGAAGAUAACCCUCGGUGCUGCGAGAGGGAUCGCGCACGCGCACGCCACUGGUGGUGCGAAAUUCACUCAUGGAAACAUCAAGUCCUCAAAUGUCCUCCUCAACCAUGAUCUCGAUGGUUGCGUGUCCGAUUUUGGCCUCGCCCCUCUUAUGAACUACCCGGCCGCUGCGUCGCGUCAGGCAGGGUACCGGGCGCCGGAGAUCAUCGAGACGCGGAAGCACACUCACAAAUCGGAUGUGUACAGCUUUGGAGUGAUCCUACUAGAGAUGCUGACAGGGAAGCAGCCGAUCCAGUCUCCCACGCGGGACGACAUUGUUGAUCUCCCCCGGUGGGUCCAGUCAGUCGUCCGAGAGGAGUGGACGGCGGAGGUCUUUGACGUUGAGCUCAUGAGGUUUCAGAACAUUGAGGAAGAGUUGGUGCAGAUGCUGCAGAUUGCAAUGGCUUGCGUUGCAAAGGUGCCGGACAUGCGCCCCACCAUGCAUGACGUCGUUAGAAUGGUAGAGGAGGUCCGGCAGUCGGACUCCGAGAACCGGCCGUCUUCCGAUGAAAAUAAGUCUAAUGUGCAGACCCCUUGAUUCUUCCUAUUCUUCUUGUUCAAGUUCAAGAAUGAGGUUCGAUUUUUAACGCUCCCCCGGGUGCCACAGUCGGCCGGAGGUGCACAUGUUUAAUGAGAGUGUGAAUGUGUCAAUGUUUCAUUCAUGUUUUCCUUUAACAACUGUUGAGAUUUGUCCUUGUUUCUUUGUACAAUCAUUCAACUUCAACAGGUAUCAGUAUUACAUUACAAAUUGUUUCGAAACUA